AUGACUCCACUAAUUCUCGUAACUGGCGGCACAGGCUUUCUCGGCUCGCAUGUCGUGGCACAACUCUUGGAGAAAGGUUAUCGUGUCCGAUCUGCAGCUCGGUCUGCUACCAAACAACGAAAAAUCUUCCCAGACAACCCAAAUCUCGAGGUUGUUGAAAUACCCACCCUCACUUCCGAUUACACCGAGAGUUUGAAGGGUGUGGACGCAGUCAUUCACAUUGCAGCACAGCUAUUCGCCAAAACCAAUUCUGUAGACGAGAUAUAUGAAGCCGCAUGUGACGGUACUAUUAAUAUCGUUCACCAGUCAAUUGAUGCAGGUGUCAAGAAGAUUAUCAUCACUGGAACUUUUGCGAGUCUUUUUGAUACACAAUUGAAUACAGGAUCUGGCACAGAGCUGGUCACAGAGGAGUUCUAUAAUCCUGUGACACCGGAAACCUUUCAUCGUGAUCAACCUCUGAUGGCUGCAUACCAAGAGUCAAAGACGCUGGCAUCUAAGAGAGUCUGGCAAGUGGCGGAGAAGCAUCCUGACGUCGAUAUCACAAUCUUGCUUCCUACACUCAUUUUCGGGCCUCAUGUGCCAAAUUUUCCUGUUACAAACGCUCAAACCAGCAUUGGAAGCAACUUCAACCUCAUAAAAAUUAUCACCACAGGUACUGAUGCCUACCCCACUUUUCCGCAUGGGCAUUUAGUCGACGUGCGUGACAUUGCCCGUGCUCACGUCGCCGCACUUUGUGUUCCUCCUAUUCCUGGGCGUAAGAAGAGGUUCAUCAUUUCGAAUACGACAUUCAAGUGGAAAGACGUAGCCGAUUUGAUACGUCGAGAAAGGCCUGAACUUGCACAUAGGCUUCCGAGAGAGGACAUUGUACCUCCAAAGCAAUCGGAUGCUCCGCUCGAUACCAGUUUCGCGGCAAAGGUUUUGGGAUUGAAGGAGUACAUACCGUGGGAGGAGACAGUGCUCGCCGGUGUAGAUGUACAAAUUGCUUGGGAGAAGCGGAAGGACCUCUUGAGUUCCAUCUGA